CGUUCCCCAAGAAGUAAGCAGGUAACAUCCCAGUUUAGCCAGUUCAACAUAACUUCACAAUCUGCAAAUAUACAGUGAGUGCAGGUUAGAAGCAUCAACCUAGCUGUGGAGUAGCAAGUUUUCUGUCGUCAACUCGUCAUGACUUCCUUCAAGCUGAGUUUCACAGCCGUGCUGCUAUGUGUUGCCUUCUCCUUCUGCAGAGGACAGGGGCAGGGUAGUGGCGGUGGUGGUGGAGCAGGGGCAGGAGGAGGAGGAGGUGGGGGGUCAGGCAUUGGUGCAGUAGUACCAGGGACGCAGGAUUCAGUCCAGAUUGUGGCACAAGCUGCUCUCUGCUUUGACAACAAACCAGUGCUCAACGGGUGCCUGCAAGCGAUGGGCAUCAACACCAGCGCCGGCGCCCGCCCGAGCAUGCCGUCGCCUGGUGCGCAGGCGAUCAUGUGCAGCCCGCCGUGCUCCGGCCAUGUGACGAUGAUGAUGAGCUGCGUGAACGGCAUCUUCGGCAACUUCGUCAGCUACAACCCCGGCCUGAUGCAAGGCGUCCAGGCCGUCUUCCAGAUGUCCUGCGGCAACGGCAAUGGCCCAGGAGGAGCCGGAGGUGCCGCUGGAGGAGCUGGUGGUGCCGCUGGCGGUGCUGGUGGUGCCGGCAAUGCCGCUGGUGGAGCUGGUGGUGGUAUGCCUAACAGCAUGGGCGGCGCCGCUGGCGGUGGUGCUGGUGCCGGUGCUGGAGUUGGAGGCGGGGCUGCUGGUGGUAUGCCUAACAGCAUGGGAGGGCCCGCCGCUGGAGGAGGUGCUGGCGCUGGCAUUGUCGGCGGGGCCGGCGGUGGAGUUGGAGUGGGGCCUGCUGGGGGAGGCGCCGGCGGUAUUCCUACCGGCAUCGUCGGGGGUGCCCCCGGAGCAGGCGGGGCUGCUGGAGGAGGAGGUGGUGCUGGUGCCGGCGGUGCUAGCGGUGGAGAUGGUACUGUUAGCAGCGUUAGCGCCGCGGGCGGUGGCGGAGGCGGCAAUGACACUACUACCGGCGGCGCCGUUGGUACCAUUAGCAGCAGCAACGCUACAAAUGUUGUUCCACUUCCACACAACGCAGGCUCUCACGUGGCGGUCAGCAAACAAACUCAGUCUACCAGCAGCGGCGCGGAUGGCCAAAAUUUCAGGCUCAAGGGCGCAUGUUCCUCCGUGCUGCUAGUGAUCUGGGCUGGCACAUGGCUUAUGCUGGCCUAGAUUUUGACUGAAACGGUGACGAGAACGUUGCAGCGAGUUGUGGAAUCGUUUCUUCUCCAGAUAACAAACAUACUAGUGUUAAUCUUAUUACCAUUGGGCGACGCCCUUACGUGUAACCGCAAGAUGUGAUUCAUGUAUAUCAUAUUGAGGGGUCAUACAUUUAUGCAGGUAGUGUUGUUCUUGUUCCACAU